AUGCGGCCGUCCCCGGCGAGAACUGCCAGGUGCGACAACUGUCGGCGGAAAAAAAUCAAGUGUGACAACAAACUCCCUCGCUGCACCAAGUGUGUCAUGAGCAAUCUCGACUGCCAACCCUUCAAGAAGGAGUUCCAGUUUGUUUUCUCGGGAGAAGUAGAGCACGCUGGAACAUCUAAACGCAGCCAGCCCGAGGGAAGUGUAUCUGGCUCGCAUACCGGCGGGCAACAUGUGGUACCGUCAAACCCCUUUGUCGCUCCCUCCAUCCAUCGAAUUGCAAUUCUCGACCGCGCUCUUGAAAAUAGGAAUCUGUCGACCAUAUCUGUCGCCGUGGCGUCUUCGUUUUGCUCUUCGGUGACCAAUGAUGCCAAUUUACAGGCAGCUGGUCUGAAAGCAUAUGUCAAAGCAGUCUCGGACAUGCGGUCUAAAGCCGUGUCGUUCAAGCAGAAUUGGGGCCAGUUACUGAUGGCAUCAGUAACACUGUUUCUGUAUGAGUUUAACGUGCCGUCUACCAUGUUUUACUCCACGUCGACGGGCAUGAAAAGCCAUAUCCUGGGUAUAACUUCCAUUCUCAAAUUAGUCGGCCCAGCUGCUUUUCAAGUGGAGCCAUUUCACUCUAUGUUCUUGUUGGCAAGGGGCAUCCUGAUAAACCGCGGAAUCAUGCAACGCAAACCACCAUUUGUCAUGGAGGGAGACUGGCUCACUAUCCCAUGGGCCAAAGUCUCCAAAACAUUGGUUGAUAAGAUAAUGGACUGCAAGGGCAAACUACCAACCAUUUGGGAGCGGGUCAUUGAGCCGUGCAAAGUUACAAAUUCAACUUGA